AUGGACGAGCCGCGCUAUCCCGCUUGGGCGACAGAAUACACCAACUACAUGCAACCAUGCAAAGAGCAUGCAGUGCGUUUUCAUAUAGAAGAAGAAAGCUACCUGGACGAUUUCGAUAAUGGCAUUGUCAGCAUGCAGCCGAUGCAACGCUUCCUGUACGAGCAAAGCCCCCUUACGCCAGGUAUGCUUUACGCGAAGAUCCCGUUCCCAGACGGCCGAUACGAGAAGCAAUAUGAGCAACAAUGGCCUCCGGCAGACUGCUUUCGCAACGCAUCACCGGAUCGUACUUCUUCUGGAAACACCAGUCAAAAUACCCAGGACGAGCUUCGGUCACCAUACAUGUGCCAUAGCAUCCCAUAUGGAAGCCCGAUGGACUACUCUCAUCUCCCAGUGUCAUACCCGGCAGCUGAGUAUCUUCAAGGCGGAGCGUUCGCAUGCGAGUCUCAUACCGAAGAGCGUAAUAUCAGCCUUCGUGAGCUAGAGUACGAGCCUCCGAUACCGGAAGCAGCGGCCGAAGACGUAGAGGACGUUGUUAUGAAACAAGAAGCUACCUGUGAUCACCAUCACAGCGAAGUCAAAGAAGAAGCUGCUCCAGAUUACACGAGAUACGCAGACUCUGGUAUCGGACACUCUGUUCGAGACGCCCAAUCCGUAGAACCCGUUGACUUCCCUGAGGAACCCGCUUCGGACUCCGACUACAGUCCGUCUUCCAGUUCUAAGCGAAGAAGGUCUACAACGUCACGCGGUAGCUCGGGUCGAACAUCGAAGCGUCGCAAACCGAUCCGUAGAGACUCUCAUGCUCCAAGUCCCACUGAAUCUGUCAGAUCGGAGAAGAAAUACCGUCGGGCCUUCAAGACACAAAAAGCCAUUACAGAUUCAAGCAUUCAGGCUGAAGAUCGCCGAGCUUUUCCAUGUCCACUCGCCGGGUAUGGCUGCACGUCCAACUUCUCUUCCAAAAACGAGUGGAAGAGGCACGUCAGCACUCAGCACAUCAAGCUCGGCUACUGGCGCUGCGAUCUAUGUACCCCGUCGAUCGACUCCAACGACGCACAGACAUUAUACUACAACGACUUCAAUCGUAAAGACCUCUUCACUCAGCAUCUCCGUCGCAUGCACGCUGCUCCAAAAGACAAGUCCUGCCGCACCCAGAAAGAUUAUCCCGUCUGCGAAGAGAAUCUUUCGGAACACCAAGUGCGCUGCAGCCUACAGUUACGAAAUGCGCCACAACAUUCGAGCUGCCUGUUCUGCGAGCGAUCCUUCAACGGUGUUACAUCCUGGGAGGAGCGCAUGGAGCAUGUUGGACGUCACUUCGAGAAGGAUUACAAGAGUCGCAUGGAUAUGCUCGACCCUGCUACGUGGCACAGGGAUCAGAGGCUCGAGCGCUAUCUUCUUGACGAAGGACUCAUUGUGAGAGAUGGUGCAGGAUGGAAGAUCGGCGAUGGCAAGCCGCGCAGAAGUGCUGAAACGGACAGCGAAGUGGACUCCGGAGUAGACUGA